AUGGCUCAUGGACUGCAGAUAAGAGAUGAAGAAAGCGGCUAUAAUAAAAAUCUAUUUUGCAUUCCUAAGCAUUAUGAAGAAGAUUUAGAAAGAGUCUUCAUUCCUCAUGGACUCAUCCUGGACAGGACAGAACGUUUGGCUAGAGAUAUCAUGCAAGAUAUGGGAAGCCAUCACAUUGUUGCGCUUUGUGUCCUUAAAGGCGGCUAUAAGUUCUUUGCUGAUUUGCUGGACCAUAUAAAAGCACUAAAUCAAAAUGGUGAUAAAUCUGUGCCUGUUACCGUGGAUUUUGUCAGAAUAAAAAGCUACUGCAAUGACUCACCUACAGAAAAAAUCAGUAUUGUUGGUGAGGAACUAUCUACACUAAAUGGGAAGAAUGUGUUAGUAGUAGAGGACAUUAUUGAGACUGGUCGAACAAUGAAAGCGUUACUUUCAAAACUCAAAGACAACAAACCAAAGAUGGUAAAAGUUGUAAG